AUGGAUUCACGCACAUCAACACUACAAAACCUACCGCCUGACCAGUAUCUAACACUCCAGUUGAUUCUCCAGUGCAUCCACCGCCUUAACAUGUUAGACCAGCGCUUUGACAUGUUAGACCGCCGCCUUGACGUAUUAGACCAUGGCGUGCGUGGGGCAAUGCAGGAAAUCUGCAGCGUCAAGGAUCCCGUUUGCAACUACCAGUCAGGUUUCACAAUGGAGCAUUCGGGUGGACGUGAUAGCACCGUCGACUCUCAAGCUGGAGUCAAUGACCUCAAUGCCAUUACAUCGCUUGAAUCUUCGCAUGAUGACCAAAUCAUGCUACAGCCUGCAGCACUCCACGGAACAUCGUCCGAGGUCAUGGGAUCGCUGUCAGGGGGUACAACAGGCUCAUCGCCUUACGGCGCUCGCAGUUCUCCUAUCACAGUGAAGCAUUCGGGUGGACGUGAUAGCAUCGUCGACUCCAAAGCUGGAUUCAAUAGCCUCAAUGCUAUUCCACCAUCUAUAUCCUCGCAUGGCCCCUACCUCGUGUCACAGCCUGCACCCCAUGAAGUCACGUACGGGGUCACGGGAUCGCUGCCAGAGGGUACAGAAGACUUAUUGCCCAACGGCACCCGUGGUUUUGCCAACAAUGUAACGCAUCAGGGCUUCCCGGCAUCCUAUGACAUGGAUGUCACGGAAUCCUUAUCAGAAGGCGUGGGUGCUCACUUCGGUGAAUUUGCUAUCAUUCGUAGCUUUUCCUUGAGAGGUUUACAAUGUAUCCCUAGAUUUAUCGCUCGAUGUCGAUGGCACGUCGGAUCCCAUGUGUGA